AUGGUUUUCCCAUUAGCAACUUCAGGUCUCGCUUCUUCCUCCUUUACCUGCAGAAUCGCGACUCUGAAUUCGUCCUCUCUCCCAUGGCCAUCAUCACUCACCUUUGACGCCGCGUACAUCGAACGCGCCGCCGAGUUAGCGGACAAAUCUGCGGGGUUCACAGCUCCCCACCCCAACUUUGGUUGUGUCAUAGCGACCGCCUCAGGUAGCGGAGGAAGGGUGGUUGUGGGCGAGGGAUAUCUGUAUGCGCAAGGAACCACUCCCGCGGAGCUACAGGCAGUUGAGGCUGCUGGCGAAAACUGCCGUGGCGCCACUGCUUAUCUCAAUAUGGAGCCCAAUCACUGCCGCGGGGACCAAGCUGCAGUCUCUGCUCUGGUCCAGGCAGGGAUCUCUAGAGUUGUCAUUGGGAUAAGGCAUCCUUUGCAACAUCUUCGGGGCAAAGCAAUCCAUGCCUUUCGAGGUGAAGGAGUGCUGGUUGAUGUUCUUGGUGAAGAUAUCCAAUGUAAAAUUAUAGAGGAAGGUCUAAAGUCCUGUCUUCUUGUGAAUGCUCCUUUACUGUAUAGAGCAGCUUGUCGAGUUCCAUUCUCUGUCCUCAAGUAUGCUAUGACCCUUGAUGGGAAAAUUGCGGCAAGUAGUGGACAUGCAUCAUGGAUAAGUAGCAAAAUCUCGAGAACCCGAGUUUUUGAAAUGCGGGGCAGAUGUGAUGCUGUUAUAGUCGGUGGAAAUACUGUGCGCCGAGAUGAUCCACGCCUAACUGCAAGACAUGGAGGUGGGCAUUUGCCCCAACGAAUUGUAAUGUCAACAUCUCUCGAUCUUCCUGAGGUUGCACACUUGUGGGAUGUUACUGAGGUUAACACCAUGGUCGCAACACAAAGAGGAGCAAAAAGGAGUUUCCAGAAAUUCCUUGCAUCUAAAGGUGUUGAGGUAGUUGAGUUUGAAAUUUUAAAUCCCAAAGUCGUAACAGAGUACUUGUAUGAUCGUGGCUGUCUUUCAAUUUUAUGGGAAUGCGGAGGUACAUUAGCUGCAUCUGCUAUUUCUUCAGGUGUUAUACACAAGGUACAUGCAUUUAUUGCCCCCAAAAUUAUCGGUGGAAAGAAUGCACCUUCCCCUGUUGGAGAACUUGGGAUGGUGGAGAUGUCUCAAGCAUUGGAAUUAAUUGAUGUACAUUAUGAAAAGGUUGGUCCGGACAUGCUUGUAAGUGGAUUCCUUCAUCCGGUUCCAGACUUGUCCCCCGUAAUUCCAUCUUAUGAUGAAACUUUUGCGAUCGACCCUAAUGUUUCUCCUUAUGAAGCAAGCAUCAUAUUCUUUUAUAAAACAUGGGACCCUUAUGGCGUCUUUUCAAACUUCUCUUUGCAUCCGAUUCAAAUGCCUGAUGAAAAUGGAGAUUAUUAUAGCUGGCCCAGUGUGGAGCACUAUUACCAGGCUCACAAGUUUGUCGGGUCAGAUAAUACUAUUGCCAAAAAAUGUUUGGAAGAGAUAAAAAAUGCAAAAAGCCCAGAGGAAGCAGCACGACUUGGAAGGAGGACACAGAGGCAGCACCCAUAUUUGGUGAGACCUGACUGGGACUCUGUCAAGAUUGAAAUCAUGUACAGGGCCUUAAAGUGUAAGUUUUUGACGUACCCAGAUUUAACCUCAAUGCUGCUGUCGACCACUGGGUCUGUUCUUGUUGAAGCUUCACCGCACGACCUAUUCUGGGGUGGAGGCCGAGAUGGGGAAGGCCUAAACUAUCUUGGGAGGCUGCUGAUGCAGUUGAGGUCGGAGUUUUUGGCCGAUAAACCAUUGAACGUGGACAGUGGAACUCCUUAA